AUGCCAUCUUCCAGUCCAGGGUAUACCAUCCCAGGCCCAGGUGUCGCAUGGCAGCAAAGGACUGCCAUAAGUCAGACUGCAGGACCCACACGUGUCAAGCAAACUCCGCUUGGGCUCGGUGUGGAUUUGCUCAAUGCCGGAGGCAGCGAGCCAGCGACUGUGGAGGUUAGUGCAUCAUCUCCAGUGCACAAGCUCGUGGAGCCCCCACAUUUGCUGCGCACAGCGCUGGAAAGUACAGAGGAUGACCAAGAUGACGAGGAUCAGCUUUGGCGGCGUGUCGCAAAUGGCACUUGCUGGCAUGCUUUGUACGUUGGACAAUUUUUGCUCACGGCCUGCGAUGAUGGUGCAAAGCUGUCCAUCCUUGGAGAGGGCAGCGAGCAGCUGCCUCCGUGUGUGGUUGCGAUCCAAUUCUUCGAAGGAUCCCGGGGAUCUGUUUGCAGGAUUCCGUUGGCAGACUUCGUGGAUGCAUCGAAGGGCCCAGGUGACUGCGCUGACUUAGAUGAUUGUUCCAGCCCUGCUAGAGUAACAGCAGCUGAUAUCUCUGUGCGGCUCUACACGCGAAGACCGCGUGGUCGCCGAGCUGCUGUCGCACGGGCGCUGAUGGCAAUAGGAGCUCAGGUUGACUCGGCCGCUGUAGGCAGUCUGCCUGAGCUCCUACCUUGGUGGGCCAUCUUCGAUGAGGCGGAGAGCUUCCAGCCAGGGCUUUGCGCGUCUCGCAGCCGGGCCGUUCGCUACCGGCUGUCACCCAAGGCCGAAGGCAGCACCGUCCCGCCUCAGCUCCUAGACGCAGUCUUGUCUGGUGGAGCGGUCGUCCGGCAAGGGCGGGUUGUGUUGCGAGGACUGCGGCUCGUCAAGGCGUUGCGUGUGGGCAAAGCAGCGGGUGCGCUUGCUUCUGCAGGCACGAGCUGGGCCAACUUGGGCGGCUUCGUCGGCCAAGCCAUAGCCGGAAGCCUGCUCGAUGAUGGCAAUGCAACAACUGCGAUGGCCACUGCAGCCGGGGGCUGGGCUGGGGGCUUGGCAGGAAGCGGAGUGGCUGCUGCGGCCGCCUCCAGUUUGGGCAUUGAGGCCCUGGGUGCUGGCUCCGUGGCCGGAGGCCUGGUGGUGUGCGGCUCUCUCAGCGCGGUGGGCGCAGUGGCCGGCGCCGGCCUUGCCUUCGCUGUGAAGCGGUUGGUGGCAGACCAGGGUGCGCAGCCAGACCGGAGCGCCGAGUACUUCGACUGUCCGCUGCGCCUUCUCGGCAGCGCUGACGAUGUCUUUCACCUUUUCGGCGCCAGCCUCGAGUUCCCACCUGAAGAUGGAGUCGUCCUCUCAGGUGAAGCAGAAGAGACGCCACGUCUCGCUGCUGCUGGGUGGUAUGCCGUGAGAGUGUCCGGGGCACUGCCAGCAGACUGA